CUCUCUCUUUGUGCCUUAUCUUUAUUGCCUUCGCUAGCUCUCUCUCUCUCCCUCACUUUGCAACUUGCGUCGCCAUGGAUGAAGAAUACGACGUUAUCGUUCUUGGCACGGGUCUUAAGGAAUGCAUUCUCAGUGGUCUUCUAUCCGUCGAUGGCCUCAAAGUACUGCAUAUGGACAGAAAUGACUACUAUGGAGGAGAGUCGACCUCACUUAAUCUAGUUCAGCUUUGGAAGCGAUUCAAGGGCAAUGACAAGCCUCCUGAGCAUCUGGGCUCAAGCAGAGAGUACAACGUUGAUAUGAUCCCUAAGUUCAUGAUGGCCAAUGGUGGUUUAGUACGUGUCCUCAUCCAUACUGAUGUUACUAAGUAUCUGAAUUUCAAGGCUGUUGAUGGCAGUUUUGUGUACAACAAAGGGAAGAUUUAUAAAGUUCCAGCUACUGAUGUUGAGGCACUGAAAUCCCCACUAAUGGGACUUUUUGAAAAGCGCCGUGCUCGUAAGUUCUUCAUUUAUGUGCAAGACUAUGAAGAGAAUGAUCCAAAAUCUCAUGAAGGGCUGGACCUGAACAAAGUUACAGCAAGAGAUGUUAUUUCAAAAUAUGGUUUGGAUGACAAUACGGUUGACUUUAUUGGUCAUGCUUUGGCCCUCCACAUAGAUGAUACCUACUUGGAUGAGCCCGCCAUGGGUUUUGUGAAGAGAAUGAAGCUGUAUGCGGAGUCUUUGGCACGCUUUCAAGGAGGGUCCCCAUAUAUUUAUCCACUAUAUGGACUGGGAGAAUUACCACAGGCAUUUGCUCGUCUUAGUGCUGUUUAUGGUGGCACUUACAUGCUCAACAAACCAGAGUGCAAGGUAGAGUUUGAUGCAAAUGGAAAUGCUAUUGGUGUGACUUCUGAAGGUGAAACUGCAAAAUGCAAGAAAGUUGUCUGUGAUCCUUCCUAUUUGCCUGACAAGGUUCAGAAAGUUGGAAAAGUUGCUCGUGCGAUCUGUAUAAUGAGCCAUCCCAUCCCACACACAAGCGACUCUCAUUCAGUCCAGGUUAUCCUACCACAGAAACAACUUGGGCGUAAAUCUGACAUGUACCUGUUCUGCUGUUCUUAUUUCCACAAUGUUGCUCCAAAAGGAAAAUACAUUGCUUUUGUUUCAACAGAAGCAGAGACUGACCAUCCUGAAGUAGAAUUGAAGCCUGGGAUCGAGCUACUUGGGCCAGUAGACGAGAUGUUCUUUGAUGUUUAUGACAGAUACGAACCCAUCAACAACCAUGAUGUUGGCAACUGCUUCAUUUCUUCUAGUUACGAUGCAACAACACACUUUGAGACCACAGUAAAAGAUGUGACCAACAUGUACAGUAAGAUAACUGGAAAGACUCUUAGUCUUUCUGUGGAUUUGAGUGCUGCUAGUGCUGCUGCUGAAGAAUGAAACCACUGGAUGUCUUCAUUUGC